UGAACUCAGCCAUGGCGGUCGAUCAGCCACAAGAAGACGAUCCAUUUCUCAGAUUCAUCGACUACGCGAGGUCUAUGCUUUCUCCGGAAGACGAAAACGAUGACGACGAAGACUUCGAUCUGAACGGAAGAAUCGAAGCGGAUAUCAAGCGGCCGAGCUGGAACUGGAUCGCCUCUCGGAUCCUCAAGACUUGCACCGCUUACUCAAGCGGCGUCACUGCAGCGAUUCUGCUCUCCGACCUCUCUCAGGCGUGGAAUGAGCAACACAGGGAUGGGGCUCCGAGGAAGAGGCCAGAAUGUAUCAACCAGUUGAAGAAGAAACGAGGGAGAGCGAAGCUUCCGAACACCGUGACUAUCGACUCUAUUUACGAGAAGAAUUUCUUGUCCAUGAACAGUGUCUUGGAAGCUGUUAUUGUCGAUGCUUUUGUCCUUCCAGGUACUAACAUAUACAUGCUUACACUGGGUGAUUUUUGGAGCUCCAAUACCAUUGAUCUCUACCUCCCUCGCAGAUACUAUGAGUUGGUGGAUCCUCGAAAUGGGAUUUUGAAGAAAGGUAGGGAGAUUCUCCUCACUGGAUGCCAUCUACGCACUGCCGCUGAAGGUUCUGGUCAUCCGUGCCUGCUGCCAACAGAAUAUCUUGUGAUUUUAUUGGAUGAGGAUGAGGAUGAUGAUGUGAUGCUUAUUGGAGCUCAAUUUUGCUCCGAUUCAUUCUCUUCCAUUUCGCUUGAUGCGGUCAAUCAAGGAGUUUCUUAUUCAUUGUAUGCUAGGAUUGAGUUUAUUGGAUCGUCUGAAAUUGAUGGGAAGUUCGGUAGUUUACAGAAGAAGCAAAUCACCCUUGUUGACGAAGAUGGUGUCAAACUAAAGUUUCUGCUAUGGGGAGAGCAGAUUCAACUCGCCAAUCUCUUCAGCAUUGGAAGUAUGCUUGGACUGGAUAGGCCAUACAUUGCAAGUUCUCUAGAGAGUGGCCUUGAAGAAAGUGACAAAAUUUGUCUUGAAUAUGGAAGUGCAACGCAGUUAUAUUUGGCGCCUUUCAUUCAACAUGAGGAACAGGUACGUCUAACAUUGACGCAAAACUGGGGCCAAGGAUCAGGCCUCUUGAGUACGUUAGAUCUCACUCCAGGUCCAAGAGUUUCUCAAGUUUCCUUGCCACGUGAUUCACAAGGGUCUGUUGACUUCAGAAGUUAUCCUUUUCAAACAUAUGUUACUGAUCUUCAUGACAAGAUGACUGGCAUCAGCCUGUAUGGCGUCGUUACCAAUAUUAAGAAAGAAAGGAGAAACACACAAGCUACUAUUUUUUUGUUAAGACUUCAAGAUAGUACUGGAGCAAUUUGGACAAAGCUACAUUUUGCAAACUCUUGGUCAUUGAGAAGAAUAAGCCUUGGUCACACAGUGUACAUAUCUGGCCUUGCAUGCUCUAUGACGAGACAGAAUAGCCUUGAAGCGUUAUGGCUUGAGAGUGAUACCGGAGCUUCGUUUAUCAAUCUCAGCUGCUUGCCAGCAUUGCUAAACUCACCUUGUCUUCACAAGUUGUCAAAAAUAUCCAAUCUAUCUACCCAGACCAGCAGUACACAAAUAGCUAGCAUUUGGCUGGACAUGGCACAUUGUCAUGGUACUACUAGGCUUACACAUGUCGUUUGUGGUCAUUUGGUCAACCAAACACCUAGCGGGGUUAUGGAAUGUAGCUUCUGUCUUCACAACUGUGACACUGAAGUUGUCCGAAGUUUGCAUCUCAAAAUCACCCUUGCAGAUGAGAGUGGGAAAAUUUUCGCGUGGUCUGCCGGUCAAACCGCCAUCGAGUUGCUCCAAAUAUCUCCCGAUGAAUUCCAUGAACUGCCUGAGGAGGAACAAAUAAUGUUUUUUUCUUCACUACACAAGGAGAGAUUCAUUGUUGCUUUGGUUAACUGCAACAUGGAGGUGUACGGACAAAGUGAUGGCUUUGUCCAUGAAAAUGAUUCAGUUUCAUGGGAAAUUACUCGUGCACUAAAGUGCGAGUAA